AUCUACCACUUUACUAGCACGUUAUUUGAACUUGCAGAAUAUGGAUCGGCACGCUGCAGAAGCCGGAUGUUUUUGUAAAAAUAUAUUUUUUUAAUUAUUCCUAAGAAUGGCUGAGGGGCCGGACCGGAUGUAGGGCAUACCACCUUCAGAUGGGCUUUGAGGAAAUGUGGGGCUUUAACAGACAAACAAUAGCGGUCUUGCAAAUCGCAUUACCUCAAGUCAUUUUUAUUGGGGAAACGGACGAGGUGAGAGGGGCUCCUUAACCGACUUAUUUAACGCCCCGGAAGACAAGGAAUUGGCUAAAAAGUCUAACAAAAUCCUCCGACUCCUAAGUGAAUAAUAUUCAGGUCUGUAAUAUUGGCUGAAGGACCGUGUAAACGCGGCUUGUAAAAGGAUCCCACCGUGGUUGGUCGUAGUGUAUAGAGAGGAGCCCACUCAGCUCUCCAGGCUCCUCAGCCAUGGCUCUGCUGGCCUACCUGAAGAGCCUGUUCAUCCUGCAGUUGCUGAUGGGCUUUGUGUUUGUGGUGAGCGGCCUCAUCAUAAAUUUCAUUCAGCUCUGCACCUGCAUCCUCUGGCCGAUCAACAAGCAACUCUAUCGCAGAAUCAACUGCCGGCUCUCCUAUUCCCUCUGGAGUCAGCUGGUGAUGCUGCUGGAGUGGUGGUCGGGCACAGAAUGCACCCUAUACACCGACCAAGCUACGGUGGACAAGUUUGGUAAAGAGCAUGUCAUCACCAUCCUCAACCACAACUUUGAGAUUGACUUCCUGUGUGGCUGGACCAUGUGUGAAAGAUUUGGUGUCCUCGGGAGUUCAAAAGUGCUAGCCAAACACGAGCUACUGAAGGUUCCUCUGAUUGGCUGGACCUGGUACUUUCUAGAAAUAGUCUUCUGCAAAAGAAAGUGGGAGGAGGACCGAAAGACUGUCUUUAAAGGACUGAGCAGGCUCAAAGACUAUCCUGAAUAUAUGUGGUUUCUGCUGUAUUGCGAGGGCACCCGCUUCACAGAAACGAAGCACCAAAUCAGUAUGCAGGUUGCAGAGAGUAAAGGCCUGCCCAAACUCAAAUACCACCUUCUACCCCGGACCAAAGGAUUCACCACCACACUGCAGUGUCUUAAGGGCACAGUAACUGCUGUGUACGAUGUGACUCUCAACUUCAAAGACAACCAAACUCCCACUCUCCUGGGCAUUGUCAAUGGCAAGAAAUACAAAGCCGACAUGAGUGUAAGGCGCUUUCCUGUGGAGGAGAUACCAGACGAUGAGAAGGAGUGUGCCAUCUGGCUGCACAAACUGUACCAGGAGAAGGAUGCCCUACAGGAAAUCUAUAAAAAGGAAGGCAAGUUCCCCGGACCCACAAUAACUCCACAUCGCAGGCCAUGGACGCUUCUGAACUUCCUGUUUUGGGCCACCCUGCUGCUUUCGCCCCUCAUCAACUUUGCUUGUGGAGUGGCCGUCAGUGGCUCCCCGCUCCUAAUCAUUGGCUUUAUCCUCUUCCUCAUCAUAGCCUCCAUAGCUAUCCGCCGCCUCAUUGGGGUCACUGAGGUGAAGAAAACAGGCUCCAGCUACGGCAACCAGGAGGCCAAGAAACAAAACUAAAGUGUGUCACCCCCCUCCGUGUACGGCUGUGUCUGUACAGUCGCCCUGCGGUGUCUCACCUCUACCCAACUUUAUUCUCCUCCUACUGUUGAGUCAGUCGGCAGGUCGGGGGAGGAGACCCAGCUGUGAAAACAUAAUAGAGACCAGAGUUAGAAUUACUAAAUGGCACUAGUGUGAGGGAGAGAGAGAGAGAGAGAGAGAGAGAGAGAGCGUGGAAGGUCUGGGGUUCAAGCUCUCUGGUGUAACACAGAACAUAAGGAGGGGGAGAUGCAGUACUGUAUUCCCCUGCAUCUUUCUUAAUCCAGCUAGUGACCCACUGUCCACAUCCAAGUCCCAUGUAAAUCCUGGUAACACCCAAGGUUAAGCUCUUAACCUGCCUGGGGUCACAAAGACAGCCAGUCAGCCCAUUUCCUGCUCUGCGCUACCUACCUCCACUUCCUGCCAGAGUCAUCAGCCAAUCAGAACACAAGCCGAUCCGUACCAGAUCUGUUUUAAUCUUAGCCAUCCGGGGGCAGUGCGUUUCUGCAACAGCAAUCUGUAACAUGCAGAACAUCUCCCUCCCUUGUUUUCACAAAGUGGGACUUGUAAUGGGAACCGGUGCCUUGAGGCCCAGCCUGGUUUCCUUAAUCUUAAAGGGUCAGUUCACCCAAAUCACAAAACGUUUGCCAUUUUAACUUGCAGGUGUGUAGCCAGCCGGAUCGUUUUUAUGUUCCUCGGGUCUGUGAUAGCUGCCACUGACAUUUCUACUGCAGCUUCAAUACAACACAGGUGAAUGAAACGUUCAUGGUGCAUUUGAAAAACUUGACAGAAGUGUGUCUUUGCAGAAACAAUUUUUUUGUCGCUCUGGACAAAGGCAUAGCUCUUGAGUGUUUUUUAAAAUACAAUUUUAAAUACUUGUAGCACCCCCAAUGACUUGCAAUUCACCUCUAUUGUAUUGGAUUAGCUGCAGCAGCAGUCUCAAGGCAGAGAUCUCAAAAUAAAAACCCCACAUCAUCUCCAGACCUCAAUACUGCAUGGGUUAGAUGGGAUUUUUUUUUUUUAACUUGUGAUCUUGGUGAACUGACCUCUUAACAUCGUGGCUCCAAAAAGGCUGGUGUCUGCUAAACCACAGCAAGGGCUCUGAAUGUGAAAACCGUCCUCAUCAAGGACACCUACCAUCUGUUACAGGUCUCAUUUGUAGCCCGCAGCACCAACACCCACAGACUCAUCCUGACACAUUUUCAGAUUUUUUUGUUUUUUUCCAGUUUUUAUUCCUAUUUUCACUUGCUUUACACAAAUAGACAUUUGCAUACAUAUUAUUGUUUGUUUUUAAAGGGUAAUCGCUUCCUUACCUGCUAAAUGUGAUGGUUAUUCAACCAGCAAUCAUAGUCCAAACACUGAAGCAGUUCAACCUACAACCACACCCCCACCCUCUUCCCAUGCCAGUGUCGACAGUUUAAAAGCUGUCCACACUGCUCUGCUCUGCUUCUGCUGUUAAAUAUCUGCAGAUCCAGAUUCCAGGAAAAGGUCACCGACUGUCUCCAUGUAGCCUCACAGCUGUUAGCGAAUUAUUUUUGUCUUCAGAUAUAGACUGUGGUAGUAAUGUUUUAACCUUUGCCUUAAAUCAAGCUUGCUCAGGCAAGGGAUUGCUUAUUCGCCACCCCUUUAAAACAGCACCCCCCUUUUACCUCCGGUUUUAAUAUUCAUUCUCUUCUUUCCAGUAAAGUGCAUGGAGGAGCAGUGUGCUUUCAUUGGUUUGAUUACCAAAUGAGUAAUUGAAACUUUAAUCUUCAAAGUGUAAAGCUUGAACGUUGUUGGUUUGUUUAUGACGUCUUUGUACCUGAACAUAGUUGUUAGUUAAAGGAAGCUGCUUACACACAGGCAGCUUUGUUCUUCUGGAAGUCCUCGCCGUCGUCAGUGCAUGGCUCCACAUAUUUCACCAUUUUUAGAAUCAGUCGUCCCAGAGUUGGUUGUUUUAACUGAAACAAAUGUGGCUGCUAAAGCAUGAGUGGAUCUCUUCUGAUGCUUCAAGCCACAUUCUCUGGUCCAAAAUACAAACAAUGGUAGCAAGACAAGGAGGGGAUAUUUGGUGUCCUGCUCUCUCCCCUCCUCCCCCCGUGCCACAUAGUUUUAAUCAUUUGUUGGUUUUAAUUUAUCACUCAGCAGAAACAUGUUGUGUACCUCCUCUCUGUAGAGCUUUCUCCACCCAGACAGAUUUCAUGCAAGCCUUAAUAGACAGUGCUGCUUAAUUUUUGUGUGAAAAUGUAGAAGCUAACUGAGCCGCUGUGGUAGUAAAGGUUGAUUCAAACAUGUCCUCCGGUGUAUUAAAACAAGUGCUGGGAUUAGUUGCCAAGCAGCUUGUUGUAAAAGUUUAACAUUUGAAAGGAAAGGAGAAUGGAUGAAGGUUGCUCUGAUGCACAAAGAGCUCUGUUUGUAAUUCUCAUUUUUUACAAGAUACUUUUGAGUUGCUUCACCUCAAAUAUUUCUUUAAAGCUUUAGUAUCUUUUUUCCUUGAGAGAUCUGAUCAGAUUCGAACCCAGUCCAACUCAUCCUGUCAUUCAGUAAAAAUCAUAAUCCAAAGCAGAAAGUAUGCUGAGAAGUUCAGACAAGUAUUUGGGGGAAAAAAAGUAACUUUUUACACGGGAUGUUUUUUAUUCAGUAAAUAAGUAUUACUGUAACUUGUGGCUGUUGUUUUUUUCUGACUUCUCCAAUGGAAUCAAAUAACUUAACAAAUUGACACCACUUAAUGUUUUUUCUUAAAUCUAAGAUAAUUGAGUUAGUGGCACCUCUUGAGUCAGCUUUUGUUUUGUUUUCUAAGGCUAUUUUUAUGUUCAAAACACUUGAGAAUAUUAAAGGAUUUAAUCACAAA